AUGGUAUUCGUCAUGGAUCGAAUAACGGGACCGUUGCCGAGCAAAGAAAUUGUUCCACAGGAUUGGCCACACAUUCGAACACUUGUCCUCGCCGAUCCAACGUAUUUCAAGGUAGGUGAAAUCGACCUGCUCAUCGGUACCGAAAUGCAAGCUGCGAUACUGUUACCUGAUCAACGCAUCGGUCAACCAGGUCAUCCAGUUGCACAAAAUUCUCAUUUCGGAUGGAUUUUGUUUGGAAACACAGAGCCGCCGGCUUCUGAUUCAACGACCGUGUCACCGCACGGCAAAAUUAAAAAUUCUGUACGCUGUUUUCACACUACAGUCGACGCUCAACUUGAUACACUUGUACGGAAAUUCUACGAUAACGAACAAGUGCCCGAAGAGCGUGUACUUUCUCAAGAAGAUCAAUGGUUCAUGGACUUCUUCAAACGGACAACAGUUCGGCAACCCAACGGAAAAUAUUUGGUGCGAUUACCAUUCAAAACCAUCUUCGACCCAACUCAAACGAUAGGGCGCUCUCGACAAAUCGCUCUCAAUCAAUUUCAUCAGCUCGAACGAAGGCUUCAACGGAAAGAGGGUUUGAUGGAACGUUAUGCAAAAGGUAUGCACGAAUAUUUUGAAUUAAAUCAGAUUCUUCCAUCCACUACCACAGAAGAACACCAUUGCACAUUCAACGAAGUCAAUCAGUUCACGGUUAGUGCAUGCGUUUUGGCCCAUCACCACGUUUUGAAGGAAGACAGUUUAACAACCAAACUGAGAAUCGUGAUGGAUGCUUCGGCAAAAACAUCGAACGGAAAGUCUCUGAAUGACAUUCUGUGCGUCGGACCAGCGCUACAAAAUGAAUUACCAUCCGUAAUUCUGAAUUGGAGGUUGAACAAGUUCGUAUUCACGUGCGAUAUACAGAAGAUGUAUAGAUGCAUCGACAUGCAUCCCGACGACAUCGCAUAUCAAAAAAUAUUGUGGCGAGACGAAAAGAGUGAGAUCCGAGAGUAUUGUCUUACCACCGUCACAUUUGGCACAGCGCCAGCCCCAUGUAUUGCCAUCAGUGUGAUUCAUCUCAUCGCUGAAAACGAGAAAGAGCGAUAUCCGUUAGCCGAGAAUGUGCUAAAAAAUGAAAUUUAUGUUGACGACGUACAAACCGGUAGUCAUUCGAUUGAAAAUGCACUCGCCAUACGUGAUCACGUCACAGGUGCACUUGCGUCAGCUGGUAUAGAGUUGAGAAAAUGGGCAAGUAACAGGCCAGAAUUGCUCGAAUCAAUUCCAAAAGAACAUCAGUGCAGUAGCACGCUCUUGGAUAUGGAUAGCAACGAAACGGUCAAGACAUUGAGAAUGUGUUGGAAGCCGAGCGACGACGUUUUUAAAUUCACCAUCAAAUUCGAUUUACCAACGAAUAUCACCAAACGUUCGGUAUUGUCCACCACCGCACGUCUUUUUGAUCCAAUGGGAUUCAUUGCACCGAUGAUCGUCGCAGCAAAAAUGAUUCUCAAACGAAUUUGGAAUUUUCGUCACAAAACAUCAGCCGAUGAAAACGACGAGAGAUCAAAAUUGAGCUGGGAUGAACCAGUUCCUGAGCCGCUCUGUUCACAGUGGCGACAAUUCAUCAGCGAAUUACCAUCGAUUAAUCAAAUCUCCAUCCCGCGUUGGAUAAGUUAUUCACCGAAUCAAUCAAUUCAGUUGCAUGUGUUUUGUGACGGAUCAUCGAGCGCUUAUGCGAAUGUUUAUAUUCGUCUUCAAGCCGAAGGCGAACGGGUUCAUACGCACUUGAUUAUAGCCAAAAGCAAAAUUACACCAACAAAACCGCUCACAAUUCCUCGGACGGAACUUUGCGGCGCGGAAUUAGCAACGAGAUUGGCUGCUUGGGUGAAGAAAAAUCUCCGCGUUGACUUCAAUCACGUACCGAUUUACUUUUGGAGUGAUGCCACAAUCGUUUUGCAUUGGAUACACGGCGAUAUCACUCGAUGGAAAACAUACGUUGAAAAUCGGGUGAGUAAAAUUCUAUCGAUCUCAUCAACUAAUAUGUGGAAUCAUGUAGAUACAAAGGACAAUCCAGUUGAUUGUGCCACUCGAGGUUUGACGCCAUCCGAAUUGGCGACGUUUGAUUUGUGGUGGAAAGGACCGACUUGGCUCACUCAAUCACCCGACGUAUGGCCGAAGUUCAACAACAAAGAGCACAAGUUCGAUGAUGUCACACUCGAAGCCAAAACAAAUGCCGUUCAUGUGCACGUUACCAUACCCACUGAAUCAAUUGUAUUCCACUAUUCAUCGCUAAUCACCUUGAUUCGUGUCGUCGCAUGGGUUUUUCGUUUUCGGCACAACAGUCAAAAGACUAAUCGAAACAAUCGACGAUGCGGUUUACUGUCGGUCAUCGAAAUGAACCACAGUCGAUUAAAAUUGGUUCAGUUAGUUCAACGUGAAGCAUUCGGCAAAGAAAUUCACACCAUUCAAGCGAACGAAUCGCUGCCAACCAACAGUCGAAUCAGAGGUUUGGCUCCAUUCAUCGACCAGAACAAUAUCAUUCGAGGCAGAUUACAGCGUUCAAAUUUGCCGUACGAUCAACGUCACCCUAUCAUCAUGCCGAAGAGUCAUCACUUCACUCGAUUGCUUAUCGAUCAUUCGCACGAAGUCACAUUGCAUGGAGGUGUGUCGCUCACGUUAGCACAUUUGCGUCAUCAAUAUUGGUUGGUCAGCGGCCGACAAACCGUUGCAUCUCGCCUACGGAAAUGUGUAACAUGUUUUCGAAGCAAACCUGAAGUAUCGAGUCAAUUGAUGGGAAAUUUGCCAUAUCAUCGAGUCAAUCCACCGACGAGACCGUUUGUAGCGACGGGUGUUGAUUACACCGGUGCCAUCGAACUGAAAUCAUCAAAGUAUCGCGGAAACACUACAUACAAAGGAUACAUUGUGGUGUUCAUCUGCCUCGCGACGAAAGCAGUCCAUUUGGAAGCAGUGACAGGUAUGUCAACCGAACAUUUUCUUUGUGCAUUACAUCGAUUCAUCGGCCGCAGAGGUCUGUGCCAACACAUGUUCAGCGACAGCGGCACCAAUUUCAUUGGGGCAGACAAUGCGCUCAAUGCCAAAUCAAUUGAAUCAGAUAUCGUACCAAAGCUCGCUGAAAGAGGCAUCCAAUGGUAUUUCAAUCCGCCUCAUUCACCCAAUUUCGGUGGCUUGUGGGAAGCCAACGUUAAGUCAACAAAGUACCACUUGAAGCGCAUCAUCGAAGGCACACGACUAACAUACGAAGAAUUGUCAACCGUAUUA